AUGAGGGACACCAACGUGGAUUGGAUCCAUGACCUGCCCUUCCACAGCUUUGACGCCGGCGCCUACGGCCGGAGCGUGGCGCACGUCGCGUUCACGUACUCCACGCCGUGGCUCGCGCUGACCGCGGUCACCGUCGUGGCUUGGGCACAAUUUCACAGGGGGUGCUUGUGCGGUCGGCGGUCGCUUCCGAGGCGGCCCGUGGCGCUGGGGAUGAAACCCGCGAUGAUCAUGUUUCUCAUCAUGGCGUGGAUAGCGUGCAGCCUGGUGCCGUCGGCGUACACAAGGUUCCACGAGGGCUCCAGGGACGUCGACGACGCGCUCCACGCCCUGGACGCGCACGCGACCGGCGCCAUGGGCCACGCGGCGCGGGCGAAGAGCGCCGCGGCGGAGUGUUCCGCGGCGCUCGCGGCGGUGGACGCGCAGUUCAAGGAGCACAUGGCAGCCGCGCUCAAGGUGCAGCGCGCGAGGCAGGCGGCUGAGCAGUUCGCCGCCGCAGCGGAGGGCGUCGGGGGCGUGGCCUGGAAGGAUCUCGACGUCCUCCGCGGGUACGACGACAAAUGGGAACGCUUUGACACCUGGUUCACGGCCCUCUCCGCCACCACGUAUGGGUUGUUGAUCGUCGCCUCGCUCGCGCCCGUCGUCGCGAGGCUUCUCAUGCUCUCCACGGCGUCCAGAUCCACGGUGGACGCGGUCGACGCCGCGCUUCGGUUCGCGCCGUUCGUCGCGAUGAUCGCCGCGUGGCUCUUCCUCGCGGCGUCAUCCCCUGCGACGGUGACGUUCGCCGAGACCUGCCACGCGUGGGUUCCCACCGUCACGAGGACGGUACCGACGGACUCGGCGCGGUUUUACUUCUUCUGCGGCGUGGGGGAGUCGGCGUCGGUGGAUGCCAUCCCGAAAAUUCCGGCGCCGUCGCCCGCCAUCGCGUCGAUGCGAGCCGCAUCCAUCGAAUUUCGCGCAUCCGUCGAGGCUGUGUUAACGCUGGACACCUCGCUGUCGAACGCGGGACGUAACGUCACGACGGCGGCGUUGAAGCGCGUGGAGCGGUGCGAGGCUUCCGGGAUGGAGUUCGAGACGUCGGUGGCGGAUUCUCUCGGCGGAUGCGACCCGAUGGGCGCCAAUCUGCGAACCGCGAGGGAGAGCGCGUGCGGCGACGCCGUCACCGGCAUCUUCUGGAACAACAUCGCGAUCAUGCUGCUCGCGUUCGUGAUUUUCUACCACGCGCUGAGGGGUUGGCUGUGGGAGCUGUGGGAGUGGGUCGCGAUGGGCGACGUGGUGUACGGGGGGGACAGCCCGGUUCGCAAGUUUUCUGGCAAGGGGUACGGAUCGGGGGCUUCACCACGAGACGUCGAGUCGCAGAUGGAAAGGCUGGAGGGGGACGUCAGGGGCGUGAAGGGGGACGUGAAGUACGUGAUGGGCAAGGUGGACGAGAUGGUGCCGCUCAUGCGUGACCUGGAGGCUGCGUCCCGUGUGAAUUCGCCGGUUGGCAAGGGUUCGCCGGAGGAGAAACUGAAACAAGCGGCCGCGGCGCUCGCUCGCCGUUAA